AUGUUGUUGAAACGCAAUGAUAUUUUGAUCAAAGUUCUUGUAUAUAAGGUUGUUAUUCCGUCGCAACGCACAGGCCUUCAGCUAGUUGACAGAAACCACACGCCUACACCGAACCGCUCCAACACGCGAGCCAUGCGCCCAUGCCGGACGCCUCUCCUCGACUCCACCUCGCGGCUGUCCGUGCUCCUCCUCGACCACCUCCACCGUAAUCGCCCCUCCUCUCAGCCCUCACCCUCGCCGCCGUCAGCCUUCUGGUCUCCCAUCGCCGCAUUCGCCGCUGCCACGAAGCGCGCCCGAGCCGGGACGCUCAGCCCUGAGGACGCACACCACCUGUUCGACGAAUUGCUACGCCAGUCCAUCCCGGUCCCCAACCGCUUCCUGAACAGCUUCCUUGCCGCCCUCGCCCGUGCCCCAGCCUCCGACGCCUGCGGAGAUGGCCCCGCCCUCACCGUCGCCCUCUUCAACCGCCUGUGCCGAGAAGAAGCCGGCCCUUGUGUAGCGCCGCCCACUAUCUAUACCAACAACAUUCUAAUGGACAGCUGCUGCCGCGUGGGUCGCCCGGACCUUGGGCUUGCUGUCUUCGGCCGCCUACUCAAGUCAGGCCUCAAGGCAGAUCAGAUCACUGCCAGUAGCCUCCUCAUGUGCCUCUGCGAUGUAGGACGGACAAACGAGGCUGUGGACGUUCUGCUUCAUAGGAUCUCCGAGCUCGGCUGUGAGCCUAAUGUCAUCCCAUACAACAUAGUUCUUAAGAGCUUAUGUGACAGUAGAAGGAGCCAGCAAGCUCUUGACCUGCUCCAGAUGAUGGCACAAAGAGGUUGCUGCUCCCCUAAUGUGGUGUCAUAUAACACCGUCAUUCAUGGCUUAUUUAAGGAAGGUGAAGUAAGCAUGGCAUGCUCAUUAUUCUAUGAAAUGAUGCGGCAAAGGGUUAUGCCUAAUGUGGUAACAUAUAGAUCGAUGAUUGGUGCGUUGUGCAAGGUCGGGGCAACGGACAAGGCAAAGCUGGUCCUUGGUCAUAUGGUUGGUAAUGGUUUUCGACCAGAUAUGUAUACUUGGAACUCAUUCAUGGCAUCUCUUUGCAAGCAGGGAAGAAGCAAGGAAGCUGCACAACUUUUUGAUUACAUGGUCACCAAGGGCCACAAACCUGAUGUUGUCAUGUACUCUACUCUGCUUCAUGGGUAUGCUACUGAAGGAUGCUUCACUGAUAUGAUUAAUCGCUUUAAUUCAAUGGAAGGCAACGGUAUUGUAGCUAACAGCCGUGUUUUUAACAUACUAAUCGAUGCAUAUGCUAAACGUGGAAUGAUGCAUGAAGCUAUGCUCAUAUUUACUGAAAUGCGGGAACGAAGAGUGAGUCCUGAUAUAUUCACCUAUGGAAUUAUAAUAGCUGCACUUUGCAGAAUGGGUAGGCUAUCUGAUGCUAUGGAGAAAAUAAAUGAAAUGGUUGCUACAGGAUUACAACCGAACGAGGCUGUUUACUAUUCCCUAAUUCAGGGUUUUUGUACACAUGAUGAUUUGGUCAAAGCUAAGGAGUUGGUUUCUGAGAUGAUGACCAAAGGUAUUCCUCGUCCUAACAUUGUGUUCUUCAAUUCGGUAAUAGCCAGUCUGUGCAAAGAAGGAAGGGUUAAGGAUGCACACGGUAUCUUUGACUUGGCUAUGAACAUUGGUGAGAGGCCCGAUUUAAUUCACUGA